ACAGUUCUAUACCAGCUUUUCCUGUCCUGACUACUUUAAAUAUGUGUCAACCACAGAACUGACACAGUUCCCACACACUGCCAGUAAGUUGACUCACUGUACAAGACCUCUCCCCUUCACUUCACUCUACUGCAGGGUGGGAGACGCAACAAUGGCUUUGAGAAAAGCAGGAAGUGUGUUGGUGGUCUUUUUCUGGUCUGUGGCAGUUGUACUGGGUCAGGAUGGCUGGAGUGUGACAUACACCCCUCAGAGUAUCUGUGCCUUGAAGGGGUCAACAGUUCACCUGACCUGCUCUUACACAUAUCCCAGUGGUACAGUCACAUCAAUCUUCUGGUUCACUAAAAUGGAGACUGGUGUAAAACCUGAAGAUCUAUGUCAGGACCCAGAAUAUGCAGGUCGUCUGGAGUAUCAUGGGGAUAAGGAGAAAGACUGUACCCUGAGAAUCAAAGACCUGAGAGAGAGAGACUCAUCUACGUACUUGUUCAGAUUAUUAACAGAUCAGGAAGGAGGGACAUAUACUGGAAGUCCUGGAGUCAAACUGUCUGUCACAGAUCUUCAGGUGAAGGUGACUGGUGGACACCAGGAUAAGACACUGACCUGUAUCACCACCUGUACUCUGACUGACAACCCCACCUUCAUCUGGUACAAGAACGGACAACGUCUAGAUGAGCCCACUUCCCAGCAGUACUCUGUCAAUAGUUAUUAUUCAGACAGUUACUCCUGUGCUGUAGAAGGCCAUGAGGAUCACCACUCUCCUGCAGUGUGUGUUCGGGGUGAGAGCUGUUUCAAUGUGACUUACACCCAUCAGAGUAUCUGCGCUUUGAAAGGGUCAACAGUGGACAUAUCAUGCUUUUACACACAUCCCAGUUGGCAUAACGUCACAGAGGUAUCCUGGUUCAGCAAAUGGGAGUCUGGUGUAACUAAAGACCUGAGCCAGGACUCAGAGUAUACAAGUCGUGUGGAAUACCAUCGACAAACAGAAAAGGACUCCACCCUGAGAAUCACAGACCUGAGAGUGAGUGACUCAACUGAGUACAAGUUCAGAUUUACAACUAAUGAGGCAAGAUGGGGGUACAGCUUCCCUGGAACAACUCUGACUGUCACAGGUCUUCAGGUGAAAGUGACUGGUGGACAUCAGAACAAGACACUGACCUGUAUCACCACCUGUACUCUGACUGACAACCCCACCUACAUCUGGUACAAGAACGGACAACAUCUAGAUGAGAGCACCUCCCCCCAGUACAAAGACCCAGUCUACAGUAACUAUGUAGACAGUUACUCCUGUGCUGUAAAAGGCCAUGAGGAUCUCCACUCUCCUGCAGUGUGUGUUCAGGGUCAGAUCUGCAAAAGAGUGACUUACACCAAGAGGAGAAUCUGUGUCUUGAAGGGGUCAACAGUGGACAUAUCCUGUACUUAUGUUGGUUAUGUCACAUCAUCACUUUGGUUUAGUCCUAAACGGAGUGCUAGUUGGAUAAAUAAGUUGACACCUGAGGACCUAACCAGAAACCCAGGGUAUGCAGGUCGUGUGGAGUACGCUGGAAGAGAGAGUGGAACAUACAAAGGUCCCUUCACCCUGAGAAUCACAGAUCUGAGAGAGGAGGACUCAGCUGAGUAUCGCUUCACUUUUAAAACAUACAACUUUGAAUGGGGUCAUAGUUUCCCAGGAACAACUCUGUCUGUCACAGGUCUGCAGGUGAAGGUGACUCCUGCUGCAGAGGGACAGAAGACACUGACCUGUAUCACCACCUGUACUCUGACUGACAACCCCACCUUCAUCUGGUACAAGAACGGACAACGUCUAGAUGAGCCCACUUCCCAGCAGUACUCUGUCAAUAGUUAUUAUUCAGACAGUUACUCCUGUGCUGUAGAAGGCCAUGAGGAUCACCACUCUCCUGCAGUGUGUGUUCGGGGUGAGAGCUGUAUGAAUGUGACUUACACCCAUCAGAGUAUCUGCGCUUUGAAAGGGUCAACAGUGGACAUAUCAUGCUUUUACACACAUCCCAGUUGGCAUAACGUCACAGAAGUAUCCUGGUUCAACAAAUGGGAGUCUGGUGUAACUAAAGACCUGAGCCAGGACUCAGAGUAUACAAGUCGUGUGGAAUACCAUCGACAAACAGAAAAGGACUCCACCAUGAGAAUCACAGACCUGAGAGUGAGUGACUCAACUGAGUACAAGUUCAGAUUUACAACUAAUGAGGCAAGAUGGGGGUACAGCUUCCCUGGAACAACUCUGACUGUCACAGGUCUUCAGGUGAAGGUGACUGGUGGACAUCAGAACAAGACCCUGACCUGUAUCACCACCUGUACUCUGACUGACAACCCCACCUACAUCUGGUACAAGAAUGGACAACAUCUAGAUGAGAGCACCUCACCCCAGUACAAAGACCCAGUCUCCAGUAACUACGAAGACAGUUACUCCUGUGCUGUAAAAGGCCAUGAGGAUCUCCACUCUCCUGCAGUGUGUGUUCAAGGUCAGAGCUGCAAAAGAGUGACUUACACCAAGAGGAGAAUCUGUGUCUUGAAGGGGUCAACAGUGGACAUAUCCUGUACUUAUGUUGGUUAUGUCACAUCAUCACUUUGGUUUAGUCCUAAACGGAAUGCUAGUUGGACUAAUAAGUUGACACCUGAGGACCUAACCAGAGACCCAGGGUAUGCAGGUCGUGUGGAGUACGCUGGAAGAGAGAGUGGAACAUACAAAAGUCCCUUCACCCUGAGAAUCACAGAUCUGGGAGAGGAGGACUCAGCUGAGUAUCGCUUCACUUUUAAAACAUACAACUUUGAAUGGGGUCAUAGUUUCCCAGGAACAACUCUGUCUGUCACAGGUCUGCAGGUGAAGGUGACUCCUGCUGCAGAGGGACAGAAGACACUGACCUGUAGCACCACCUGUACUCUGACUGACAACCCCACCUACAUCUGGUACAAGAACGGACAACAUCUAGAUGAGCCCACUUCCCAGCAGUACUCUGUCAAUAGUUAUUAUUCAGACAGUUACUCCUGUGCUGUAGAAGGCCAUGAGGAUCACCACUCUCCUGCAGUGUGUAUUCGGGGUGAGAGCUGUUUCAAUGUGACUUACACCCAUCAGAGUAUCUGCGCUUUGAAAGGGUCAACAGUGGACAUAUCAUGCUUUUACACACAUCCCAGUUGGCAUAACGUCACAGAAGUAUCCUGGUUCAACAAAUGGGAGUCUGGUGUAACUAAAGACCUGAGCCAGGACUCAGAGUAUACAAGUCGUGUGGAAUACCAUCAACAAACAGAAAAGUACUCCACCCUGAGAAUCACAGACCUGAGAGACAGUGACUCAACUGAGUACAAGUUCAGAUUUACAACUAAUGAGGCAAGAUGGGGGUACAGCUUCCCUGGAACAACUCUGACUGUCACAGGUUUUCAGGUGAAGGUGACUGGUGGAAAUCAGGAUAAGACACUGACCUGUAUCACCACCUGUACUCUGACUGACAACCCCACCUACAUCUGGUACAAGAACGGACAACAUCUAGAUGAGAGCACCUCCCCCCAGUACAAAGACCCAGUCUACAGUAACUAUGAAGACAGUUACUCCUGUGCUGUAAAAGGCCAUGAGGAUCUCCACUCUCCUGCAGUGUGUGUUCAGGGUCAGAGCUGCAAAAGAGUGACUUACACCAAGAGGAGAAUCUGUGUCUUGAAGGGGUCAACAGUGGACAUAUCCUGUACUUAUGUUGGUUAUGAUACAGUCACAUCAUCACUUUGGUUUAGUCCUAAACAGAGUGCUAGUUGGACUAAUAAGUUGACACCUGAGGACCUAACCAGAAACCCAGGGUAUGCAGGUCGUGUGGAGUACGCUGGAAGAGAGAGUGGAACAUACAAAGGUCCCUUCACCCUGAGAAUCACAGACCUGAGAGAGGAGGACUCAGCUGAGUAUCGCUUCACUUUUAAAACAUACAACUUUGAAUGGGGUCAUAGUUUCCCAGGAACAACUCUGUCUGUCACAGGUCUGGAGGUGAAGGUGACUCCUGCUGCAGAGGGACAGAAGACACUGACCUGUAGCACCACCUGUACUCUGACUGACAACCCCACCUUCAUCUGGUACAAGAACGGACAACGUCUAGAUGAGCCCACUUCCCAGCAGUACUCUGUCAAUAGUUAUUAUUCAGACAGUUACUCCUGUGCUGUAGAAGGCCAUGAGGAUCACCACUCUCCUGCAGUGUGUGUUCGGGGUGAGAACUGUUUGAAUGUGACUUACACCCAUCAGAGUAUCUGCGCUUUGAAAGGGUCAACAGUGGACAUAUCAUGCUUUUACACACAUCCCAGUUGGCAUAACAUCACAGAAGUAUCCUGGUUCAACAAAUGGGAGUCUGGUGUAACUAAAGACCUGCGCCAGGUCUCAGAGUAUACAAGUCGUGUGGAAUACCAUCGACAAAGAGAAAAGGACUCCACCCUGAGAAUCACAGACCUGAGAGAGAGUGACUCAACUGAGUACAAGUUCAGAUUUACAACUAAUGAGGCAAGAUGGGGGUACAACUUCCCUGGAACAACUCUGACUGUCACAGGUUUUCAGGUGAAGGUGACUGGUGGACAUCAGGAUAAGACACUGACCUGUAUCACCACCUGUACUCUGACUGACAACCCCACCUACAUCUGGUUCAAGAACGGACAACUUCUAGAUGAGAGCACCUCCCCCCAGUACAAAUACUCAGCCUCCAGUAACCAUGAAAACAGCUACUCCUGUGGUGUAAAAGGACAUGAGGAGCUCCACUCUCCUGCAGUUUAUGCUCCAAAGAACACCUCAGUGUCAGUCAGUCCCUCUGGUGAAAUAGUGGAGGGCAGUUCAGUGACACUGACCUGCAGCAGUGAUGCCAACCCACCUGUGGACAAAUACACCUGGUACAAGAAGAAUGUAGCCUCACCAAAAGCAUCAGGACAGAGUUACAGCAUCACUAACAUCAUCUCUGAGGACAGAGGAGAUUAUUACUGUGAGGCUGAGAAUACAAUAGCAUCUAUGAACUCUACAGCUCUGAUGAUCAUUGUAGCAGUGAAACAGACCUCAGUUAUGACUGCAGCUGUAGGAAUCAUAGUGGUUGUUCUGGUUCUCAUCCUCUGUCUCUCUGGACUCAUGUGUUUCAGGAGACCCACAGGUGGAAGUGAUGCCACAGCAGACACACAGAGUGUCCGUCCUGACUGUAACAGUGACACGUCCCCUGACUACGACACUCUGGCAAGUGUCCAUCCUGACCCUAACAGUGACCCCAACAGUGACAUGUACACACCUCUGAACAUGAAGACCAGGUCACCAGAGUAUGACACUCUGGCAAAUGUGAGGGGACUCUACCACUGAAGACAAUCCCCACAGGACCUGGACUGAAGAGCUACAGUUCCAAGCUAAAGCUAGGCCUCACUCCUCUAUUCUCUUGCUAUCAUAUCUAUUAUGUUUUCCAGACCAUGAACUUUAGCUUUUGAGUUAAUGCUGGAAUUUAUGAUAAGCAUGUAUAUUAAUGAUAAAUGGGAUGGGUUAUGCUUCUGCUUUUUUUCUAUGGGAUUUUUCCAUUUUCAUAUUUUUGAUUAUAUAAAUGGCUUACCUUACAUGUGUACCAAUCUGUUUACUACAGUUGAAGUCGGAAGUUUACAUACACCAUAGCCAAAUACAUUUAAACUCAGUUUUUCACAAUUCCUGACAUUUAAUCCUAGUAAAUAUUCCCUGUUUUAGGUCAGUUAGGAUCACCACUUUAUUUUAAGAAUGUGAAAUGUCAGAAUAAUAGUAGAGAGAUUGAUUUAUUUCAGCUUUUAUUUCUUUCAUCACAUUCCCAGUGGGUCGGAAGUUUACAUACACUCAAUUAGUAUCUGGUAGCAU